AUGAGCCUCGCAGAGCUGCUGCCGCAGCGGAGCCGAGCCGGGCUUGCUUGGCAUUGGCAGGCGGCGAGACCUUAGCCGGCUGCGGGGAGAGCGCACGCGGCGGCGGACCUGCUUGGGCAGAUCGGGGGAGCCGGCGGGCGCCUCUGCCCGGAUCCCCCGCUUGGCAUGAAGCGCAACUGCUGACCGAGGGACUGACGGACGGACCGAGCAGAGGCCAGACUGUGGGCGGCGGCGGCGGCGGCGGGAGAUGGGCGGCGGCUGCUGCUGCGCCCCCGGCCGGGCUGUGCUCCUGCUGCUGGCCCUGGGGAUCCCCCAGUCCCCAGCCGAGAGCCCCGCGCCGCCCACCCUCUGCGGCCCGGCCCUGAGCGGCCCUGAGCGGCCGCUCCAGCCGCCGGGCGAGCUGCCUGCCUGCGCCGCGCCGCCAGUCUUGUGGCUCUGCCCUGCGCCGCGUCCCACCCGCGGCCUCUGGGCGCACCUGCUCGGGCCGCUGUGCGCCGGCGGCGGUGGUGGCGGCGCGCCGGCGGGCAAGGAGGGGGAGACGCUGCUGCUGCUGAGCCGCCUUCUCCUGGCCCAGGAUCCGGGCGGCAGGUUCCGCAGGGGACAGAGCCGGGCGCAUUGCUUGCAGCCGGGCUCCCGCAUUCCGCUGCCGGCCGCCAGCUCGCCGGGAGGCUGCCACCUGCGGUGCAGGGUGCGGGGCGGCGGCAGGAGCCUGGCGCCCCACCCCCGGGGAGAACUCUUCCUGCUCCUGCGGGCCAUGUGCCUCCGGGCGGGACAUCCGCUGCGCCUGGGGCUCCUUUGCAGCGGCUGUGGGAAGGGCGAGACCUUUGUCCAGUGGAGCCUGGGCCUCGGCUCCUCGCAGAGCGAGAUGGAGAAGCUGUGGCUCUCUGAGGAGGCGGCUGCUGCUCGCCAAGGCAAGGCGAGCAGCCGGAAGAAGCGCAACGUGAACUCUAGCCCGCAGUUCCAGAUGCCCACCUACCAGGUCUCUGUGCCAGAGAACAGGCCUGCAGGGACCCCUGUGAUCUCCUUGCGGGCAGUGGACCCUGAUGAGGGCGAGUGGGGCCGCUUGGACUACUCCAUGGACGCCCUCUUUGACAGUCGUUCCAACAGCUUCUUUGCCAUCGACCCCCAGACUGGGACAGUGACCACUGCUGAGGAGCUGGACCGGGAGACGAAAAGCACCCACGUGUUCCGAGUCAUGGCAACAGACCAUGGCACACCGCGUCGCACGGCCCUGGCCACCCUCACCAUCACGAUCAGUGACACCAAUGACCACGACCCUGUCUUUGAGCAGCAGGAGUACAAGGAGAGUAUGCGGGAGAACCUGGAGGUUGGUUACGAGGUGCUGACGGUGAGAGCCACAGAUGGUGAUGCUAGCCCCAACGCCAACAUCCUCUACCGCAUCCUGAAUGGUAAAGGGGCCAACAAGAUCUUUGAGAUUGACCCCAAGUCUGGUGUCAUCCGCACCAAUGGCCUGGUUGACCGAGAAGCUGUAGAGUCCUAUCAGCUGAUCGUGGAAGCCAAUGAUCAAGGCAGAGACCCAGGCCCACGCAGUACUACGGCCACGAUCCACAUCACAGUGGAGGAUGACAAUGACAACUCACCGCAGUUCAGUGAGAAACGCUAUGUGGUCCAGGUACCAGAGAACGUGGCCUCGAACACCCACAUCCUACGGGUGAAUGCGACAGACCGGGACAAAGGCAGCAAUGCCCUUGUGCAUUAUAGCAUUAUGAGUGGCAACACUCGGGGACAGUUUUACAUUGAUGCCCAGACAGGCAACAUUGAUGUGGUCAGCCAACUUGACUAUGAGAUGAAUAAAGAGUACACCCUCCGUAUUAGGGCCCAGGAUGGAGGAAGGCCUCCGCUCUCCAACAUCAGUGGACUGGUGACCAUCCAGGUGCUGGAUGUAAAUGACAAUGCCCCCAUCUUUGUCAGCACCCCUUUCCAGUCCACAGUGCUGGAGAAUGUGCCUGUAGGCUACUCUGUUAUCCACAUCCAAGCUAUCGAUGCAGAUUCUGGGGAGAAUGCUCGUCUUGAGUAUGCUUUAGUGGACACGAGCUCUCAUUUCCCCUUUACUACCAACAACAACACGGGCUGGAUUGUGGUGGCCUCUGAGUUGGAUCGUGAGGCUGUGGACUUUUACAACUUCGGUGUUGAGGCUCGAGAUCAUGGGAGCCCCCCCAUGACCUCUUCAGCUAGUGUUAGCAUUACCAUUCUGGAUGUCAAUGACAACAAUCCUGAAUUCACCCAAAAGGAAUACACUAUGCGUCUCAAUGAAGAUGCAGCUGUGGGCACCAGUGUCCUUACAGUCUCUGCUAUUGACCGGGAUGUCAACAGUGUCAUCACCUACCAGAUCACCAAUGGGAACACCCGCAAUCGCUUCUCCAUCACCAGCCAGAGCGGUGGUGGCCUCAUCACCUUGGCCCUGCCUUUGGAUUACAAAUUAGAGCGUCAGUACCUGCUUACUAUCACAGCUUCUGAUGGCACUCGUCUUGACACAACACAGGUCUUUGUCAAUGUAACCGAUGCCAACACCCAUCGGCCAGUGUUCCAGAGCUCCCAUUACACUGUCAACAUCAAUGAGGACCGGCCAGUGGGCACCACUGUAGUGAUUAUUAGUGCUACAGAUGAGGACACAGGAGAGAAUGCUCGUAUCACGUACUUCAUGGAAGACAGCAUCCCUCAGUUCAAGAUUGAUAUGGACACUGGUGCUGUCACUACCCAGAUGGAACUGGACUAUGAGGAUCAGGUGUCCUAUACACUGGCAAUUACAGCCCGGGACAAUGGCAUCCCACAGAAAUCUGACACCACCUACUUAGAGAUACUAGUCAAUGAUGUAAAUGACAAUGCACCUCAGUUCUUAAGGGAUACCUACCAAGGUUCUGUAUAUGAAGAUGUCCCAGCCUUCACUAGUGUGCUGCAGGUUUCUGCCACUGACAGAGACUCUGGACUGAAUGGGAGGGUAUUCUAUACUUUUCAGGGUGGAGAUGAUGGGGAUGGAGACUUCAUAAUUGAAUCCACCUCAGGCAUUGUUAGGACUUUGCGUAGGCUGGACAGGGAGAAUGUCCCACUGUAUGAGCUUAGGGCCUAUGCAGUUGAUAAGGGCAUGCCAGCCAUGAGGACCCCUGUUGACGUCCAUAUUACAGUUCUUGAUGUCAAUGACAAUCCCCCUGUCUUUGAACAGGAUGAAUUUGACAUCUUUGUAGAGGAGAACAGCCCCAUUGGCUUAGUGGUAGCCCGGAUCACUGCCAGUGACCCAGAUGAGGGCACGAAUGCCCAGAUCAUGUAUCAGAUAGUAGAAGGCAACAUCCCUGAGGUAUUUCAGCUCGACAUCUUCUCAGGAGAGCUGACAGCAUUGAUGGAUUUGGAUUAUGAGGCCAAGUCGGAGUAUGUCAUUGUGGUCCAGGCCACAUCAGCUCCGUUGGUGAGCCGGGCUACUGUGCAUGUCCGUUUGCUGGAUAAGAAUGACAACAUCCCUGUCUUGAAAAAUUUUGAGAUCAUCUUCAAUAACUACAUUACCAACAAGUCGAGCAGUUUCCCCACUGGUGUGAUUGGCAGGAUCCCAGCCUAUGACCCUGAUGUCUCCGAUACUCUUAGCUAUAGUUUUGAGCAAGGCAAUGAACUGAAACUGGUGCUCCUAAACCACAGCACUGGAGAGCUGCAUUUGAGCAGGGCCCUGGAUAACAACAGGCCUUUGGAGGCAAUCAUGAGAGUUUCUGUGUCAGAUGGGAUCCACAGUGUGGCUGCCCAGUGCACACUCCAAGUGACCAUCAUCACAGAUGAGAUGCUGACCAAUAGCAUCACACUACGGUUGGAGAACAUGUCUCAGGAACGUUUCCUUUCACCACUGCUGGCCCUCUUCCUUGAAGGGGUGGCAACUGUGCUGACUGCUCCUCGGGACCAUGUGGUCCUUUUCAACAUCCAGAACGACACAGAUGUGCAGGUGGCUCAGAUCCUUAAUGUCAGUCUGUCAGUGUUACUUCCAGAUGGAGCCCAUGGAUGGCGCUAUAUUCCUUCAGAGGACUUGCAGGAGCGGCUCUACCUCAACCGCACACUCCUGGCUGCCAUUUCAGAGCAGCGGGUUCUGCCCUUUGACGACAACAUUUGUCUGCGGGAGCCCUGUGAGAAUUACAUGCGCUGUGUGUCAGUGCUGAAGUUUGACAGCUCAGCACCCUUCAUUGCCUCUGACACCAUCCUUUUCCGACCCAUCCACCCUGUCAAUGGUCUACGUUGCCGCUGCCCGCUUGGCUUCACUGGUGAUUAUUGUGAGACUGAGAUCGACCUCUGCUAUUCUAACCCCUGUGGCAACAAUGGGUACUGCCGGAGCCGCGAAGGAGGUUAUACUUGCGAGUGCCAAGAGGGCUACACUGGAGAGAACUGUGAAGUGAAUUCCCGCCUAGGCCGCUGCACCCCAGGGGUCUGCAAGAAUGGAGGCACCUGUGUCAACCUUCUGGUGGGUGGUUUUAAGUGUGAUUGCCUGUCAGGAGACUACGAGAAGCCCUACUGCCAGAUGAGCACUCGCAGCUUCCCAGCCCGCUCCUUCAUCACCUUCAAGGGGCUGCGCCAGCGCUUCCAUUUCACCAUCGCCCUCACGUUUGCCACAAAGGAACGCAAUGGGCUCCUUCUCUACAAUGGGCGCUUCAAUGAACGGCAUGAUUUUGUUGCACUGGAGAUUGUGCAGGAGCAAGUUCAUCUUACCUUCUCAGCAGGAGAGUCAACAAGCACAGUAUCCCCAUUCAUCCCAGGGGGUGUGAGUGAUGGGCAGUGGCACACCGUCCACCUGCACUACUACAAUAAGCCCAUCAUGGGGAAGUCUGGAGUUUCACAGGGACCUUCUGAUCAAAAAGUAGCUGUGGUGACCGUGGAUGACUGUGACACUUCAGUGGCCUUGAAGUUUGGUACCAUCCUGGGAAAUUAUUCGUGCUCAGCACAAGGAACACAGUCAGGCACCAAGAAGUCCCUGGAUCUGACAGGUCCACUGUUAUUAGGUGGUGUUCCUGACCUGCCUGAGAGCUUCCCAGUACGGAACCGACAUUUUGUAGGCUGCAUGCGGGACUUCCUAAUCGAUAAUCGAGAGGUGGACAUGGCUGACUUCAUUGCCAACAACGGGACUGUGCCUGGCUGUUCAGCGAAGAAGAAUGUUUGUGACAGCAACACUUGCCAUAAUGGUGGCACAUGCGUCAACCAGUGGAACACCUUCAGCUGUGAGUGUCCCCUGGGCUUUGGAGGCAAGGACUGCAAGCAAGAAAUGGCAAGCCCCCAGCGCUUCCUGGGCAACAGCAUGGUGACCUGGAGUAACUUGGCAUUAGUCAUUACGCUUCCAUGGCAUGUUGGACUCAUGUUCCGUACUAGGCAGGGCAGUGGCGUCCUCCUACAUGCUACAGCUGGGCAGCAUUUCAGCCUCACCCUCUGGUUGAGCGAGGGGAGUGUGCUGAUGACUGUACACCGUGCCAACAGCCAGAUUUCUGCACUGCGGGUGCACCAGGUGAAGGUGAACGAUGGUGACUGGCACCACCUGCAGCUGGAGCUGCACAACAGCAGGGACAACCCAGAGGCCCAGUGCUUAGCCAUAAUGACCUUUGAUUAUGGUCUCCAUCAGGUGGUGGCCAACAUCAGCAGUGAGCUGCAUGGGCUCAAGGUGCGGAACCUGAGUGUCGGUGGUGUGCCAGCAAAGCAGGGUGAGGUGCAGCAAGGCUUCCGUGGCUGCAUGCAGGGUGUACGGAUGGGUGAGACUUCAGCCAGUGCUGUGGCCCUGAAUGUAAACCAGGGAGAGAAGGUGAAUGUGGAACGUGGCUGCAGUGUCCCUGACCCCUGUGACUCCAACCCGUGUCCUGUCAACAGUUACUGCAACGAUGACUGGGACAGUUACUCCUGCAGCUGUGACCCAGGUUACUAUGGGGAUAGUUGUGCCAACGUCUGCUCUCUCAACCCUUGUGAACAUCAAGCUGUGUGUGCCCGCAAGCCCAGCUCAUCCCAUGGCUACACCUGUGAGUGUCCUGACAACUACUUUGGGCCGUACUGCGAGAACAAGCUUGCUCAGCCCUGCCCGCGAGGGUGGUGGGGGCACCCUAUCUGUGGACCCUGCAAUUGUGAUGUUGGCAAAGGUUUUGACCCGGACUGCAACAAAACCAGUGGAGAGUGUCGCUGCAAGGAAAACCACUAUCGACCAACAGACAGUGCCAUGUGUUUGCUCUGUGACUGCUACCCCACUGGCUCACUGUCUCGCACCUGUGAACCUGAGACUGGGCAUUGCUCCUGCAAGCCAGGGGUGAUUGGGCGCCGCUGUGACCGCUGUGACAAUCCCUUUGCAGAAGUCACCAUCAAUGGCUGUGAAGUGAAUUAUGACAGCUGCCCCCGUGCCACUGAAGCGAAUAUUUGGUGGCCCCGCACCCGGUUCGGCCUGCCUGCAGCUGCAGCAUGCCCCAGGGGAUCUGUUGGGACUGCUGUGCGGCACUGUGAUGAACACAAGGGCUGGCUGGCACCCAACCUCUUCAACUGCACCUCGUUGACUUUUGCCACUCUCAAGAACUUUGCAGAGAGGCUAUUGCGGAAUGAGUCACUCCUGGACACAGAGCAGUCUCAGCAGGUGGCCCUGCAGCUUCACAAUGCCACCCAGCACACAGCCAGCUUCUUUGGAAGUGACAUCAAGGUGGCGUAUCAUCUCUCAGCCCAGCUCCUGAAACAUGAAAGCACCCAAGAAGGCUUCGGCUUGGCUGCUACACAGGAUGUGCAUUUCACGGAGAACCUGCUCAAGGUGGGCAGUGCCCUACUGGAUACCGGCAACAAACGUCACUGGGAACUGAUCCAGCAGUCGGAGGGUGGCACAGCUCAGCUGCUCAAGCACUUUGAGGAUUAUGCCAGCACUCUGGCCCAGAACAUGCGCAAGACGUACCUGAGCCCCUUCACCAUCAUCACCUCCAACAUCGUCAUUUCUGUGGUGAGGCUGGAGAAGAUGAACUUUGCUGGUGCAAAGCUGCCUCACUACGAGGCACUCCGGGGUGAGAAACCUGCAGACCUAGAAACGACCGUCAUCCUGCCUGAAAGUGUUUUCAAGGCUCCUGAAAGCAAACGGUCUCCUGCUCACUUCACAGAACCUUCUGUGGCCAAUGCCAAGCAUCUCCCCGGUACUGGCGAGGAAGAAGAACCUGCCCUGAUGACAAGACAGAAGAGGCACCCAGACCUGAGUGAGGGCCAGGCCAUUGCCAGUGUGAUCAUCUACCGCACACUGGCAGGUCUGCUUCCAGAGCAGUAUGACACAGACAAGCGGAGCCUGAGGGUCCCCAAGCGCCCCAUUAUCAACACCCCCGUGGUGAGCAUCAGUAUCCAUGACAAUGAUGCUCUCAUGCAGCGGGCCCUUGAGAAGCCCAUCACAGUUCAGUUCCGGCUGCUGGAAACUGAGGAGCGCACCAAGCCCAUCUGUGUCUUCUGGAACCACUCCAUCCUGGUCAGUGGGACUGGUGGCUGGUCUGCCAAGGGCUGUGAGGUGGUCUUCAGGAACGAGACCCAUGUCAGCUGCCAGUGUAACCACAUGACCAGCUUUGCCGUGCUGAUGGACAUUUCUCGCAGAGAGAAUGGAGAGAUCCUGCCCUUGAAGACCAUCACAUAUGCCUCCAUCGCUGUGACACUGGGCAGCCUCCUGCUCACUUUCCUUUUCCUGGCUGGCCUGAGGGCCCUGCGAUCCAACCAGCACAGCAUCCGCAAGAAUCUGGUGGUGGCACUCUUCCUCUCAGAGCUCAUCUUCCUGCUGGGCAUCAACCAAGCUGACCUGCCAUUUGCCUGCACCGUCAUUGCCAUCUUGCUGCACUUUCUGUACAUGUGCACUUUUGCUUGGGCACUACUGGAAGCCCUGCACAUCUACCGCAUGUUGAGUGAGGUGCGCGACAUCAACUAUGGCCCUAUGCGCUUUUACUACAUGGUUGGCUGGGGCGUGCCAGCAUUCAUCACAGGGCUUGCUGUGGGUCUGGACCCUGAAGGCUAUGGGAACCCAGACUUCUGCUGGCUCUCCAUCUAUGACACACUGAUCUGGAGCUUCGCUGGACCCAUUGCAUUUGCUGUUGCAAUGAGUGUCUUCCUCUAUGUCCUAGCCACCAAGGCCACUUGUGCUGCUCAGCAACAGGGUUUUGAGAAGAAGGGGACAGUCUCUGGCCUGCGCUCAGGCUUUGUCUCCCUGCUGCUGAUCAGUGUCACCUGGUUGCUGGCCCUGCUGUCCGUCAACAGUGAUGCCAUCCUCUUCCACUACCUCUUUGCUGGCUUCAACUGUCUCCAGGGGCCCUUAAUCUUCCUGCUCUGCGUCCUCUUAUGCAAAGAAGUGAGGAAGGCUCUCAGAUCCAGCUGCAGCAGGAAGCACAGCACAGACCCUACACUCACCACCAAGUCUACCCUGACAGCGGCUUAUAACUGCAACAACACCUAUGUGGAUGGCCAACUGUACCAUACACCCUUUGGAGACUCCACAGGUUCCUUGCACAGCACUGUCCGCUCUGGCAAGAGUCAGCACAGCUACAUCCCUUUCGUCCUCAGGGAGGAAUCUGGCUUGAACAAUAGCCAAGUGCACAUUGGGCCAACAGAUCCCAGCUCGCUUUUCCUGGAAGCCAAGGAUCAGAACAAUGAGCGGGACACUGACUCGGACAGUGACCUUUCCCUGGAGGAUGACCAGAGUGGCUCCUACGCUUCAACCCACUCUUCAGACAGCGAGGAAGAUGAAGAGUUUGCCAGGGAGCCUUGCUGGGAGAACUUGCUGUGCCCCAACAAUGAGAAACUGCCAAUACACAGCACUCCAAAAGUGGACAACCUCUCCGGCCCUGGCAACCCUUACUGGCCAGGGGAUUUUGUGACGACUGCUAGCGAGAGUGAUGGGCAUGCUGGCUCUGAGAAGCUGCGGGUGGAGCCAGUUGGCAAGAAUGAGCAUCUGGGGCCAACAGAGGAGAUGCCCAGGGAGAAUGGGGAGACACAGGCCAGGGAGGGCAUCCUGGGCUCACUGCCUCACCCCACUGCCCAGCCCCAGAAAGGCAUCUUAAAGAAGAAAUACCUGCCACCCAUUAGUGAGAAGAACAGCAUCCAGCGCAUCCACAACAAGCUGGCCAGCUGCCGCUCAGGGAUGGUGUCCUCGCAAGGCUCUUCGGGCAGCGAUGGCAGCCGUGGGGGAGGGGCGCCACGUCCCCGCCAGACGCUGCAGGAGCAGCUCAAUGGCCUUACACCCAUUGCCAUGAGCAUAAAGACUGGCACGGUGGAUGAGGAUUCUUCAGGCUCCGAAUUUCUGUUUUUUAAUUUCCUCCAUUAACACGUGAGCCCCAGGGGGGUACUUUGCCCAAACCUGCUCAUGACCAUGCUCAUGUGUUUGUUUCCCCCUUCCCCGUCUCGCUUUGUGUUUGAUCACUGAGCAGGAGUGAUGAAACCUCAAUCUGACGCCGCAUGCACCAGGCUCUUUCUCUUGUGCUUUAGCCAGUCCGGGAGCCAGGAUUGCUCUCAAGCCGCAGCGAGGAAUGUUGUCUCCUUCAGCCCAGCCCGGCCGAGGUAGCCGGAUCCACUGUACGUAGUGCCAAAUGAAAACUGACCUGCCCCCCUGGCACCAGGGGAACAGCAGGUCCCAGGAGACGGACCUACUUGAACAGAUGCACUUUGGAUCAUUGUAAAACAGAAACACAAACUUGUCCACCUCCAAGUCUUCAGGGAUUUUCAUGCUUUGUUGCCCAGUCUGGAACUGCUGCGUGUCUGGAAUAUUUUUCUUAUCUGUCAAAAUUGGGCUGGGGGAACCUCAGCAGCAACCACAUGCCCGGGCCUCUGGAAACACAUUGCUGUGCUGAUGUUUGCAUAUUUGACAAUGGAACUGAGUCGGGGGUCCGUGCGCUUGAAGAUGGCUGCCACUAGGGGGCACUGGGAACUAGGUUUUAGCCUGAGGAAGCCUGUCAGGAGCAGGGUGCAGUUUCUGGAGUUAUUGUUCUGGCCUCCUCCUGUGACUGGUGAACGUCAACUAUGAACUAAGGCCUGAGGGCACAGCAGACUUGGCUGGGUAGGGGACCUGCAUGAGACCUAUGCUAGGCACUGCUUAGAGGCUGCAGGUCGACUUUGCAUUGAAGCUGACCCCCCAACCCUUCAGAAGCCAAACAUCUCACCUGCACAUAUACAAGUCCAGGAGACAGCUUUUGCCUCCCUCUGCCACCUGUGUGAAUCAUAACCAUGCUUUUUAAUGAUCCUGUAGCAUGGGUUUAGCCACACCUCCAAAGGUGCGAUUGAUGCAUGUUAACACGCUGUACAGCACAGUCUCUGACUGGCACACAGGAAAGAUGGGAGUCUGAGACUUUGGCUUGACCAUGCCAAGCAACCACAGAAUGGGAAAAGAGACUUUCUCAUCCAAAUAACUCUUCCUGGUCUCCGCUAGCAGUACUCAACUGCUACCCACAGAGCAGCGCCCAAUGCCACCCUCACUGUUCUGACCCAAGGAAAAGAGAAGUUUUUCUUGAUGACGUCGUUGUUGACUGAAGUGGUAGGAUUUGUUGCAGAAAUCCAGAGCCAGUUUUCCAGGAUGUUAAUCACCAUUAUGCUAUCUACAUCCAUUUGUGUCGGCAUGGAUCUCAUCCCUUCUCUAGCAAGUUGCUCACUCCAGCAUCUGUGUUCCAGAUUGCACAAUGGAACCAGGGACUCUGUAGGAGUGAUGCCCUCAGUAAGGUCUGGACCUGAUAUAGGCCACCACAGCAUCAGUGGAAAUGCUCCCUUUUGGACCACAAUAAUUACUUCUUAACUACUCAGUUGUGACAGCCACUUCUCCAAGCUCAGCCUGCUGAUCCAGUGACUUAGCCCCGAGAGGCAGCCCACAAGGUGCUGAGCACCGUGGGAGUGGCCUGCUGAGCCAUCUGUCCAUGCUGCAAUUAUUUUCGUAGAAAACGACAAAAAGAAAAAAGUCCCACCUCCUGCUCCUCUCAGCCAGUGUGCACUGGUCCAUGUGCAACUGGGCUGGCGCAGGGGUGUUGCCUUGAUGUCUCCCAAGAGCGCCCGGCUCUCAUGCCGACAGGGCGCUGCCUUUCUGCCUCAGAAGCCUUCAUUUUUCUACACUCAGCCAAGCCUGAUGCCUGCUCAUCAUGGGGGAUUUUCAUGCCGGGUCCUUUUGGAAAGUACUUUUUUAUAAUGUUCCUGGGAAAGAGAUUUUUCUGAUAAGGGAGUGGGGGAAGAGGGGGGCGGCUUGGGGAAGGGUGAAGGCACUGUUUAUUUUGAUGUAUUUUUUUGACCACUGCUGAAGGAUGUUCUAAUUUUAAAAGAUGGAAAGCCCUCUGGGCAACACGUCUUUAGCUUUGUAGCUAUCUUAAGUCUCAUUAGCUGGGGCGCAGAAUUGACCCGCUUCACUGACUUAGCCAAGGUUUGCACAAUGAGGCACUAAUUGGGACUUGGCCGUUGUCCAUGGCCUGGCUUAUCAAGGGAUGGGGCUCUGCAAAGAAGGCCUCUCCUUCCAUCGCUUCUGGAAAUCUUGGCUAUUGCCAUCCAGCCUCUCAUGGCCAAUUCCUAACCCUUUCUUGGAAUGUUUUUAACAUAAUAGGAUGUGAUUCUCUUACAUCUAUGUAAUGUCAGCCUGGCACUUUAGUAGCAGCCACUGUGUUUGCCACCCACAAUGCUAAGCAGACAAGGGAUCCAUUUCAGUAUAGCCUGUUAAGUAGAUGGAUUGAUCUGAUACCUUCUUGUUUCUAUCAAAUGUUCCUUGCAAGCUGCUUGGCUCUAGCCCAGUUCAAUGGAAGGAGAAAAUGUGUUUUCCCCUCUCCAAUGCACAAGCAUUGGAGUUCAGUUUCCACCCAGAGGUCUCUAUUGUUCAGACUCUGAACUCCACUUUGGUCAACUUCUGCUCCUUAAACCCAAGGCAGAGUGGAGAUCUGUACUGAAACAAGGUCCAACCAGGCAAGGACCUUCUUCUUACUGCCCUGCAACUCUUCUGGUAUGUUGCCUGUUCUAGCUAUUCCAGCACUAAAGGCAGAGAUAGGAACCCUUGGACUUCCUGGCUUCUCCCAUCGUCAGACACUGUCUUCCCUCAAGAGCCAUACAUGAGUGCAAGAAGAUUCAGUGCCUCAGGACUGGGAGAAUGGGGCACUCCCAUUGGUCCUUGCUAGUCCCAUUGGUCCUUGCUACCAAAAUAUCUAGACAAAAGCAACAUACUCUGAUCAUCAUGACGCAUGGACUAAACAGAUUCAAUAGAAAAACAGACUAGAAGGAGAGGAAAGCAAGGAAACUUUCCCCCUCAGACUUUCCAUUACCAGGGAUGGAAUGAAGUAAUUUCCUGUAUCGUCCUUGCCAAAUGAGGGAUCAGUAGGACUCCACUCUGCAGUGCUGAAAUAACUGCUUUGUUUGAAGGUCAAAGUACAAAUGUCUUCCAUAAAGGCCCCUUGACCAGACAAGCUGACAAAAUUAUUAUUUUUUGUCAGACCUCUGAGACAGCUGCUUUACAGACAGAUAUCCAUCAGGUGAAGCCUUUCCUAUCACUGGAGCUGCAUGCUAGAAAAAGCUUCACUUCCUGAAUUUUUACUUGUUAUGCAGUUGUUAAUGGUACAUCAGAACUCCGACAGAAAAAGUCGGCAACCUGUUCCCACUCCCUACGAUACCUCUAACCAUGAAGCUUUAGACCUGUCAUGCACAUAGGUCCUAAGCCAAGUGCACAAAAUAGUUUGUGAUAACUUCCUAUGCAAGAUCUAUCUCAUGUAGAGAACUUGUUAACUGAAACAAACUGGAAAGUAGGAGUAAACAAUUCAAUAAGCUAUCCUAAGUAGCCAUUACUUCCAGAAAACCCAGGCUGACAUCCUCCGCAGCAGGGCUACAAAAGAAGUAGCCCUGUGGAGAUGCAGACUGGAGCUGAAGUGUACUCCAGUCUUACCCCACAGCCUCGGCAAGGGUGGAGGGUGUGAUUUUUGCUGCUUUCUCCUCCCUCCAGAUGGAGUUGUGUGGUUUGUUUGUUUUUUUAACUUCCAGGAAUGUGUCCCUGAGGGCAGCACAGCCCUCAGGGACAGAUUCCUUGAAAUAAAAACUCCAUCUGGAGGGAGGAGAGCACAGCAAAAAUUAUGCCCGCCCCCACUGGGGCUGAAGGGAAAGACUGUAGCACUCUUAAGCUCCAGUCUGUAUCUCCUCAGGACUACUUCCAUUUUUGUAGCCCUAAGGAGAAUGUCAGUCCCUGUCUUUGGUCGAUUACUCUGCCUAAGGUAGGAAAGAAUGGUGGUGGUGGGGAGGGGUACGGCCCUCCAGUUGGGACCAAGUGUGGCAGCAGGGUAGUGUUAAACUGUGAGGGUAUCAGAGAUUUGGGAGGGACCGGCUCCCAUAGGAAGCUCCAUACAAGAACUCAGCUUCUGCUCCAUCACAUCACUGGUACCAGUUAAUCUUUUUGAGCCUAUCCGUUGUCACCGAGAGAAGGCAAUUCCCCAGUUGGCUCUCUCACCUGUGGAGAUGUGUUUGGCAUGUCUGCAUUUUAAUUUAUUUUAAUUGUUUUUAAUAUAUAUGUGUAUUAACUGGAGAUUGUCUAUCCAAAGCUCUGCCAUUCUGGGGGAGGGGCUGGAACAAAAAGGGGAGUCAAGGGAGAAAUAACUGCUCCCAAGUCAGCAGAGCCUGAAGUAGUUAGAGGUGUAUAUAGACUGUAGGCAAAUGCCUGAGGAGUUGGGCGAGGAAGCUGCCUGUUCUCCGCCAGUCAUCAAAACCUGCCAGUUAUCUCAGUGGGGAGGCACAACCCACCACCUGGAUCAUCCACAGGAGAGGGAAUGAGGUAAAUCUUCUGACCCUGAAGCACUAAAUGAUAUGUGGGAUAGGAAUGAAGGAGUCCACAUUAAUUGGCACCUGUUGUGAAACUGCAGUAACGCUGUCUCUGAGCCUCACACCCUACACUUCACAGGCAAUGAAUAGCCACCACUCUCCAAAGCUGAGCUUAUAUUGUCUGUUCACAUUAGUGUCAAAGUAGUUGGCUCCUCAAUUCAACAUUUGCCUCUGCAACAGCUCACGGGGUUCUUUCCAGAAGUGCUCAGCCAGAGCCAAGUACAAUUACCCCUGCUUUUGUUAGGGCCUCUAAGCCCUGAAUAACUGCAUGACAUGCAGAAAUCCAACAGGUAAAGCAUUGCCAGUAUCUCCUGGCUGGGGCCACCCUACCUGUUGAUUUUCUGUCUGGCAAGCAGCUAUUAAGGGUAUAGGAGCCUUGCCAGAAGACGUGGCAACUCUGCUUUUCCAGGUCUUCUCCCUAAAUCAGCUUCAUCUACCUGGGGGAGGGGAGAAGAGGCUGGUGGUGGUUCCUUCAAAUGGUUGAAAAUGUUUUCUUAACUAUUGAUGUGAUGCUGGCUCGUCCCUUGGUACAAACAGUUGAAGUGUACAGGUAGGGUUGUUGUUGUAAAUACAUAGGGUUCAUCCCCCUUCCCUACUAAAUAAUAAAACCAUAGUUCUGUG